CACCUCGCGAUUGAGGGGCUCCAUUCAUAGUCACUUUCGUUAGGAAACUAAAUCAUCGUUGCUAAGCCCAUUAUGGCGCUUAUACUAACGACAAAGCAGUCACAGAUUAAUCUUGUUCAAAUAUAUUCAGUUUAUUUGAUCGUUUUAGCCGUAGUGAAUUCAAGAAUAUCUGCUACUAUUAUUGACGCCAAGAAUCGGGAUAAUAACGUCAUUAAUUCCAAAAAUGUUCAUAAAGCAUCAGUUCCAGUUUCCUUACAACCGCAAGCAUUGAAUGUUGUAUCAACGCAGCUAUUGCCAAUUGUCACCAGUAACCUAAAGGAAAAACUGAAAGUGUUCAACACCAAUGUGAAAACAGGAGUUAAUCAAUUCAAUGCUGCGAUAUCUAAUAACGUGAAUGCCGCCGUGGCACAUCUCCAUAGCUCAAUUUCCAAUAAAAUAAAUGCUGGAAUGGGCCAUUUUAAAAGCUCAGUAUCACAUAAACUUAACUUACUUAAUGAAAAGAUACAUUAUCUUCAGCAAAAAUCACAUGCUCCGCAUUUAGAAUCAUUAGUAAAAGUAGGAAAACCGUUUGUUGCUUUUCCAUCUACUAAGCUUCAAAGCCCAACAUAUGUGUCGUACGUAAUAAAUCCAUCGAAAACAGUACAUAAAUCAGUAGGAUCAAAAAGAGCAAAACCUAAUAAAUAUGAUGCUUUAAUGACAGACUUGGGCAUAUCAGGGUACAAGCAUUUUGAAAAUGCUGUUAUUCGUGACCUAGAGAAACGUGAAGAACAAAAAGUUGAGGCCACUAUACACACAUUGUUCGAGAAUCCAAGGCAUGUUAAAAUAUUGCCCCCAAGUUUAAUAAAUAACCUACAAUCCUCUGAUGCUCGAGAUCUUCAUAAAUCCGCAUCUACUAAUUCAUAUAUUGUCAACGAAAAUAGAAAAAACAAUACGAAUGAACGGCAAAAUUUCAAUAGUACCAUAAUACUUCUGAAUGAAAAAAAUCUUAAUUUUAACACAACUAGAGUUGUUACUGACACAGUCAUCCCAGACUUAAAAAAAAACCGAAACGAUCCUAUUGAAAUCACGGCAGACGUGAUUUCUUCAAAUAACUGCAGCAGCUUCAGAAGAAAAGAGAAGCCGUUCGUAUCCAAAACUGUCGCUCAUAAGCGAAACAAAGAAACAGAUAGUAAAAAAGUUCGAAGUAAAGAUAUAAGUAGCGCAAUUUUGCCAUCAACAACAAUAUCCCCAUUUAAGAAUAAUAAUAAGUCAAUAAUUGACAAUAGAAAACAAGGAAUAUCACAUAUUAGUGCAGGUGUAGCAAAUAAACAAGAAUUUCCAUUCAAAAGAUCCAAAUUAUGGUAUAAACAAGACCGAACCGAGCAAAAUUUUGAAACCACUACCGAUUACCCUUUUACUCCGACAUUAUUACCUGCAGGUAUACCUAAAAGGUCAAAAAAGCACACUUCUUAUUAUAGCCACAGAUUAAAUAGAAAAUCAUCAGAUUCAUAUCGUAUUGUAGCUAACAGUAAAAAGCAUAUAGAUAAACCUAAAGUCAAACACUAUCGAGGAUCGAUUAAGUUUAGGGACCAUUUUCAAAGUGACGGGACGGAUUUUUAGCUAAGUUAUGUAGCUUAAAGUUAUUUAUAAAUAUUUAUUACUGCAAAUACAA